UGUCAAAAGUCACGUGACAUGAAAACACUGACGAAUGUCGCACACACCGGUUUGUUUUUUCCAGGAGAUAAGAUUAUUAUUUCCAAGAAUUAUUACUCUGAGAUCAUUUUCAUAAAAAAAUAUUCCUUGUAAAGUUGAUUGCAUUUUAGUUAUUAUUGAAUUUAAUCCUUCUUUCACUGAAAAAGCAAAAAAAAACAAAACAAUGUCAGCACAUUCAAGUGACAGUGGUAAUACUUCUUUGCAUAAUAUUAGUGAAAUUUUGGCAAAAAAAAAAAGAUCUAAGGAAUAUUUACAAACAGCACCAACAAAAAAGUAUGCAAAUUAUUAUAAUAUGACACAUUUAAAUCGAGGGAAGGCAUUAAUUUUUAAUCAUGAAUUAUUUAUAAAUAAUAAAUUACCCCGACGAACAGAAUCAAAAAUUGAUUGUGAUAAUUUGUCGAAAAUUUUAAAGCAACUUGAUUUUGAUGUAAAAAUCUAUGAUAAUUUGAAUUAUAAGGAAAUUGUGAGAACUUUAGAAAAAGUUGCCAAAGACGAUCAUUCCGAUGAGGAUUGUUUACUGAUUGCAAUUCUUACUUAUGGAAAUUGGGAUUUAUUACAUGCACGUGAUAAAUAUUAUAAAAGUGAAAUAAUAUGGACAAAUUUUAGUGCUGAUAAAUGUCCCACACUCGCUGAAAAACCAAAAUUAAUAUUUAUUCAAGGCUGUCAAAAUGAUGAGUCUAAUAAAAUAUUUCUUAAAGAACGAACAAUAACAGACGAUGGUGGCAAGGAAUUUCGCAUUCCAACACAAGCUGAUUUUCUCAUAUUUUUUAGCAGCAAUUCGUUGAACAUGAAAGUAGAACAAAGAAAAUGUAAAGUGGAAAAAAAUUUAUUGGAAAAUACAAGUUGUCAAGAAAUGGUAACAGACGGUAAUAAUUUAGCUGGUUGCUUUUGCGUUGACACUCAUAGUGACGAAGAAAUAUUUAUCGAUGAAAAAAUUUCUUCUGAAUUAGAAAAAACAAAUGGCUCACUAUUUAUACAAUCAUUAUGUCGACAAUUACGUGAAAAUGGAACUAUUUACGAUAUACAAACAAUAUUGACAUAUACAAUUCAAUUAAUUAUAUCAGAAUAUGAAAAGCAAAAUGGAAAAGAAAUUAAAGAAGAAAAAUUUGAAGUUCCAUAUAUUGUGACAAUGUUAACACGAUUAUUACAAUUUAAUACAAAAAUUAAGCGUUCCUUGCCAAAAUGAAAUAAUUUUCUUUUUUUUUUUUUUUUUAGAAAUUAUUUCAAACACUUGUGACAACCUCAUGGUAUUUUUAAUAUAUUUUAAAUUUUAUUAAAAUUUUUUUUUACUUUAUUUUUUUUAUACCAAUUUUAGAAUUAAUUUUUAUUACAUUCCGAAAAAUGUAUUUUAUAUGUAGUUUAUUGUUAUAUAAAAGUAUUGUAACUAAUAAUGUUUUACCAAUAUAUAUAUUAUAUAUAUGUGUAUAUGUGAAAUACUUUAAAUUGUAUAAUUAUAAAAAAAAAAUUAUAUUUUAUAUAAUUGUAAUUCCAAUUUUAGUAAAUACACUAAAAUUUCUACCUUUCAUAUUGAUGUUAGAAUAUAAAAAGAAGUCAAAUAGUAUAGAUUUAAUUACCAAUCAUGUAAUUAAUUAAAUUCUAUUUGUAAAAUACAGAAAAUAUAUUUGAAAUUUACAAAAGGUAUUUCACAUUUCUUAUUAUCCAUCAACUUUUGCUUUAAUUGUAACGCGAUCUAAAUAAAGGGACCUUAGAAGUAAUAAAUAUAAAUUUGCUUCUAAGGUCCCUUUCUUUAGAUCGCGUUAUAUUUUUUCUUUUUCCAAAGCUAUCAUUUAAAUGUUAAAAAAUAGUAACUAUUAAUUAAUAAUGUAGUAAAGAAAAUAAAGUUUUCUAAACUAUUUUUUAAAUAUUAAAAAAAAAUAUUUACUAUUAAUUGGAUUAAAUAAAGGAAAUCGAGGAAUUUGACGAAAAUGACAUUUUAUUCUAGUCAAGUUAUAAUCUUGAACAUUAAGAAAUAUAAGGGAAUGAAAAUGAACUACGGAUUUAUAUAUUUCCGUAUCUAAAAAAAAAAAAAGAA